UUUAAAUUGUAAAGAAUUCAAUUAUUAAUGCAACAAUUGUCUAUGCCCGUGUCCGGGUCGUCGUUUCGUGGUUGUUGCUGUUGUCCUUGGUAGCAAAUGCGAUUGCAUUGAGUGACAACCUGCAACAAGCGACAGCAACAGCAACAGUAGCUCAAGCAGGAGUAAAUAGAGACGAGACGAGACGAAACGAACCCGCAACAACAACAACAACAACAAUAAACUACAACAAUGGCCAGUGGCAACAAUGAAACUGCGCCGCUCUACUGCGGUAGUGGCAUGGAUAAUUUUCAUACAAGCUACAAAAACAUGCAUGGCUAUGUCUCUUUGGUGGUUUGCAUACUGGGCACCAUAGCCAACACAUUGAACAUAAUUGUGCUAACACGACGGGAGAUGAGGUCACCAACAAAUGCCAUACUCACUGGUCUGGCAGUGGCCGAUUUGGCUGUAAUGCUGGAAUAUAUACCCUAUACGGUGCAUGAUUACAUUUUAACGGAUAGCCUGGCAAGGGAGGAUAAACUAAGCUAUAGCUGGGCAUGUUUCAUUAAAUUUCAUUCGAUAUUUGCCCAAGUAUUGCAUACGAUAUCAAUUUGGUUAACUGUUACGUUGGCUGUAUGGCGUUAUAUAGCCGUUGGCUAUCCGCAAAAGAAUCGUGUGUGGUGUGGCAUGCGAACGACGAUAAUAACAAUAACUACAGCCUAUGUGGUAUGCGUAUUGGUUGUAUCGCCAUCACUAUAUCUAAUCACGGCUAUUGCUGAAUUUAUGGAUCAAUUAGAUGCACAUGGAAAAGUGAUCAAUAGCAUACCAUUAAGUCAGUAUGUUAUUGAUUAUAGCAAUGAGAUGCAAAGUGUUACAGUGGCAGCUCUCAAUUCCACACCAAGUUUCAGUAACGAAAGUCUGGCCCUAAAUAUUAGCUCUAUGGUGACGACAACAACAAGUACAACGACUCCAGCACCAACAGCACCUUCUCCGGUUGUAAGAAAUGUGACUGUUUAUCGUCUCUAUCACAGUGAUUUAGCUUUGCAUAAUGCCUCACUGAGAAAUACAACAUUUCUCAUCUAUAGCGUGGUCAUUAAACUAAUACCCUGCAUAGCUUUAACAAUUUUAUCGGUGCGUUUGAUUUUGGCAUUGCUAGAGGCAAAGCGUCGACGAAAGAAACUUACAAGUAAGCCAAUAGCAGCAACAACAGCUACUGCAACAGGUACCACCAAUGGAACAAAAGUCUUGGUCAAUGGCAAACCAGCUGAGCGCCCAAGAAAGAAUAGUAAAACUUUGGAAAAAGAGAAGCAAACAGAUCGCACAACAAGAAUGUUAUUGGCAGUGCUUUUGCUAUUUCUGAUCACUGAAUUCCCACAAGGAAUUAUGGGAUUACUGAACACUGUGCUCGGUGAUGCCUUUUUAAUGCAGUGCUACCUAAGACUGAGUGACCUCAUGGACAUUUUGGCUCUAAUCAAUUCGAGUAUUAAUUUCAUACUCUACUGUUCGAUGAGCAAACAAUUUCGUACCACAUUCACCUUGCUGUUUCGACCGAAAUUCCUUGACAAAUGGCUGCCAGUGGCUCAAGAUGAAUUGGCUGCUGUCCGGGCAGAACGUUCGAUGGCAGACAAACCCAAACUAAGACAGCAACAGCACCAACAACAACAGCAUCAGCCCCAAGUGGUUACCACAACCACAACCAAUAAUACAACACAAGUGACGAAUCUGUAGCAUA